AAAAAGAAAAGAAAGAAAGUGCCGGUAAAGAAAAGCAAGAAGUGCAGCAUGGUCAUUACAUAAGCGAUAAGGAUCCAAACUCAUAACACUGGCGCCUCGGACUUCACUCCUCUAUUUGGCAAAAUAGGAAACUCUGACCAAGGUUUCUCACUGAGGUGAACUUUGACUUAUAUCAGUAUUCUGUGUUCUUGAGGGAGAGAGAGAGAGAGCUAGAUUGUUCGGGCAGGUCAAUUCGGAUAUGUCUUCUGAUAGCGCAAAGGAAAAUGUGUCGGUAGUUGAUUCAUCGGUCACUGAAUGGAGGAAUGACAUUGGAAAUUCAGAUGAUCCAGAGAGCUCCUGUUACAAGUUUAAUGAAAACAAUAAUCCAAUUCGGACAGAUAUAGCGGAACACUCUUAUAGUCUGAUAGGGCAUCCAACAGGCAUUGGAGUGGAAAAGUGGAAUGAUAUUAAGUAUUUCAUCAUUAAGAGUUUGAACCGUCAAAAUAUUGAUUUGUCUAUAAAGAAAGGAAUUUGGGCUACUCAAAUUAUGAAUGAACGGAUUCUAGAAGAAGCUUUUCAUUAUAUGUUGCAGAACUCGGGCUGUGUAAUCCUUAUAUUUAGUGUCAACAUGAGUGGUUCCUUCCAAGGAUACGCACAAAUGAUGUCCUCCAUUGGAAAGGGUAGAGACAAUGUUUGGAGUGAGGGAAUUGGUAAAAGUAAUCCUUGGGGCCGCAGUUUUAAGGUCCAGUGGCUGCGUUUCAAUGAUUUGCCUUUCCACAAAACUCUACAUCUCAAGAAUCCGUUGAAUGACUAUAAGCCUGUCAAAAUUAGCAGAGACUGUCAGGAGUUAUCUCCAGACGUUGGCCUAGCUCUUUGUGAACUUCUUGAUGGUAAGAAUGAUACCAAUGACCUACUGACCAGCUCAUUAAGGGAUGAUUAUUCAUUUAAGGGCCGCUAUGUCAGUACUCCAAGUUCAAUGGGAAACGAAGACUAUAAAUUUAGUCCAUUUCAUAUGUCAUGGUCAAUGCCCCUGCCUUAUUCUUCCCCGUUUUACCAAAAUCAACCUGUAGUAAAUGAAUCUCGUUCAACAAAGCAGAGAGUCAGUGGGACAAUGCUUACUGAAACAUUGCCUAUCACUUCUUCUGUGUCGCCACAACUGUCAGGGAUUAAACGUGCUCAUUAUAGUGGACAUAUUCCAGAGCUACCCACAAAGAAUGACGUGUCUUCUCAAUUAGAUUUUUGGGGUGUGUCUCCAGGCUGCCCUUUAGCUGGCAGUACCCUAACUGAGGAUGAUUUUCUUGACAUGUCCUAUGAAGAAUACCUGGAGGAGGUCCAUAGCAGAGGCAGGAAACAGUUACGCACCAGUGUCAGUAUUUAUAUCAACAUCAUUUUGCUAUUUUCUUGUGUAUUUUUUUAUCUAGACAUGGUAUCCAUUAGUCACAGGAAACCAUAACCAAGACAUCAAAAUUCUCAGGCAACUAAACCAUGUUGGAAAUGAAUGUCAUUACUGUAAUCAAAUUCCAAAUCGUAAUAAGUAGUCAAUUCAGUGAUUCCACAGCUAGGAUGUAUUUUGCAGGAACAUAGAAGAAUGUGUUGAUAGAAAUAGGAGCAACCCUCGUUGGAGGAUUCAUCAGACAUCUUUUCCAUGGAUACAACAUCUCCUACAAUAUGCGAAUAUGGUAACUUUUUGGGCAAGGAGGCCCUUUUCCUGUUUUCGUAUAGCAAAGAUGACAUGGAAGUUACUUGUAAUUGUCUAAAAUUAGGACUUGAUAUUGAAGCUCGUAUUAAUGCGAUUCAAUUCCAAGGCGACUUUGAGGCUUGUUGGCAAAUUGUACAGAGCUUAGAUUAGAGUCAGAAUGACCAAAACGUACCUUGUGUAUAUAAUAUCCCUAUGCUAAACUGGCAUUUUAUCCCUCUUGAAAAUUGUCAGCAAAGAUGAUGGUGAUAUUGGAUUGAUUUUUAAACUGUCUACCAUUUUGUUAA